AAAAUUUAAAAAUUACGGUUGGCUCCUCUGUUUGUGCACAUGCUUUGGCUUUAUUGGUAACCUAACAACGUGUAAGCUUGCUCCUGCAUGUAACCCCAAUCCAAUCCAAACCAACCCACACGCAGCUCUUUAAAUGUUUGCAGAUUGCAGUUGGUUGUUGCAUCCUCCACAACUCCCACUUUAAAUCAAACCCAACAAAAGAAAAACAAACCAGCCACAACCCUUUCUCUUCUAUAUACCCAGAAAUUGUACGACCUCCUUCUAUGGAUGUUGCUGUCUUCUUGAAGAGAAAGCCCAAGAAAAUGGAUUUUCAUCAAACACAUUGUUCUCACGUCGUUCCUCCUCAAAGCGCUUGCAAGAAUAAAAAGAAGAAAGUGGGUAAUCUUGAUGACGAUGGCACUCUGAACAAAGAGAUUAAACGGUGUGGCUUAAAGUCGUUUUGGGAGCUUCCGGAGUACAUGAAGGAUAAUGAGUUUAUAUUGAGUUAUUACCGAGUCAGUUGGCCUCUUAAGGAAGCUCUUUUUAGCAUUUUUCGUUGGCAUAAUGAAACGCUUAAUGUCUGGACACAUCUGAUUGGCUUUUUACUGUUUUUGGGGUUGACCAUUGCGAAUGUAAUGCAAGUUCCUCAGGUAGCGGAUCUUCUCGGCUUGUUUACCAGGUCAAUUCUUACUAUUGCAGAGACAAAUGUUUCCCUUAAUUCAAAGGAAUUCUUUUUGGGAACUACAGAACUCUUAGAUUUGAAGCAGAUAACAUCUCCAAAAAUUGAUAUAACACCGCCAGGAACGGCGGUCAGCCGGUGGCCAUUCUAUGUAUUCUUGGGUGGUUCUAUGUUCUGCCUCCUCUCAAGCAGCAUCUGCCAUCUCUUUUCUUGCCAUUCACACCAUUUAAACAUUUUCUUGCUACGUAUAGAUUAUGUGGGUAUCACUGCAAUGAUCAUCACCUCAUUUUUCCCUCCAAUCUAUUACAUUUUCCAAUGUGUCUCACAUUGGCAAUACAUAUACCUUGGUGGAAUCACAGCAAUGGGGAUGUUCACCAUCGUAACGCUGCUUUCUCCGAUGCUUUCGACCAGUAAAUUUCGAGCUUUUCGAGCUCUUCUCUUCUGUUCAAUGGGGCUCUUUGGCAUCAUCCCUGCAGUACAUGGUACAAUUGUGAAUUGGACUAAUCCCAAACGCAAUACCAUACUAGUUUAUGAAUCUUUCAUGGCUAUAUUUUACUUGACUGGUACUGGGUUUUACGUUAGCCGGAUUCCGGAGAGAUUGAAGCCUGGAUGGUUUGAUCUAGCAGGACAUAGCCAUCAGAUUUUCCAUGUUUUUGUGGUAUUGGGAGCAUUGGCUCAUUAUGGUGCCACACUUGCAUUCUUGGACUAUCGUGACCGCGUGGGUUGCUAAGAAAAUCAAAUCUAUAUACACCAAGGCCUUUGGGUUAAAUUUAUCUACAUCUGAUGUAUUCAAGACACAAAUAUGUGAGUCUCGCCUAUUUUAUAUGUGAGUCUCAUUAUACAUAUUAUGUCUUAAAUUUAAUAUAGAUUAGUUAGGCAAGAAUUUCCAUGUUGCGAUAUAUAAGGUGAUUUAGAGUUUUCGUUACUUUCAAUUUUUGAUUCAUUGUAAUUGCUGUACCAAGAAAGGAAGGAAUUGUUGGUAUGAUUAAGUUCCUUCGUAACUAAGUACAUCAAUGUUAGAUGUUAAUUAAUGUCCUGUAAUUGUAUUAUCAAAAUUUGAAACACAUGCAUGAAGGAUUUGAACUUUGAUCUUAUCAUAUAAAUAUUCAACCAUCCAAUUA